AUGGACCAAAAACUUCUCCUCUCUGGUGCUAUAAUGAUGGCAAAUUGUGCCACAUUUAGCCAAGAAAUUGUGCCUCUUAAUCAAAACCUCACCACUGAUGAAUUUUCUCUUCUCGAGUCCAGAAGCCAAAUCACUUCUGACCCUUUUGCAAUCUUGGCUAAUUGGUUUUCAACAAUUGAUAUUUGCAAAUGGGCAGGGGUCUAUUGCAAUCUCCGGAAGAGAAUCAUGGCCUUGGAUCUUUCUGGCUGGAACGUUGGUGGAACUAUCUCACCGCAAUUGGGAAACCUAACAUUCCUAACAUCACUGGACAUUAGCAGCAACUUCUUCAGUGGCUUCAUCCCAAAUGAGUUGGCUAAUUUACAAGGUCUAAAACAGAUGAAUUUUGGACAUAACAACUUUUCUGGAGUGAUCCCAUCAUGGCUUGGAGCCUUGCCUGAACUUGAGCUCCUUCUUCUUGACCAUAAUAGGUUCACAGGCGUCAUACCAGGUCCUGUAUGCAAUAUCUCAAAGCUGGAGAGUUUAAAUUUGGGCUAUAAUUUUCUUGAAGGAAGGAUCUUCAACAUGACUCUGUUGGAAGAAAUUGAUCUCACCAAUAAUAGUUUAUCAGGUGAAUUUCCAGGUGAAAUUGGUAAAAAUAACAAUCUUGAAAUACUUUCUGUCAUAAACAAUAACCUUUCCAGCCUCAUCCAGCCUGGGAUCUUCAACAUGUCAUCACUCGUGUAUAUGCAUUUGGCUUUUAACUACUUCUCAGGCUCUGUUCCUUCAGCAUCAAGAGACAACAAUUUGACAAGGGAAUCUUCAACUCCAGAAUUGAGAUUUAUCUCUUCUUUGACGAAUUGCAGACAAUUGGAGUAUGUUGAUGUAUCGGGGAAUCAAUUUGAUGGUCUGCUUCCAGCGUCAAUUGGGAAUUUCUCCUCAUCUCUUAGACUGUUCACAGCUUUUGGAAGCAGGAUCAGUGAGAUACAAAAUCUGAAGGUCAUAACACAACUAGACUUGUCAUGGAAUCAAUUAUCAGGCGAUAUUCCAAGUUCCUUGGGGAGUGCACAAGAACUUGUUUAUCUGUCGUUGGCGCAAAACAAAUUUCAAGGAAAUAUUCCUCAGUCUUUUGGAAAUCUGCCAGAUUACAUUUUCCAUCCUGCAAGACAAAAGAUGUCUUCAAAUCAAGGUGGGAUUCCAUUAGAGAUUGGUAAUCUUACUGAGUUGGAGGAAUUUAGCAUCAGCAGUGGCUUGCUAACGGGUGAAUUUCCAGGUGAAAUUGGUAAAAAUAACAAUCUUGAAAUACUUUCUGUCAUAAACAAUAACCUUUCCGGCCUCAUCCAGCCUGGGAUCAUCAACAUGUCAUCACUCGUGUAUAUGCAUUUGGCUUUUAACCACUUCUCAGGCUCUGUUCCUUCAAGUGACAACAAUUUGAGAAGGGAAUCUUCAACUCCAGAAUUGAGAUUUAUCUCUUCUUUGACAAAUUGCAGACAAUUGGAGUAUGUUGAUAUAUCAGGGAAUCAAUUUGAUGGUCUGCUUCCACCGUCAAUUGGGAAUUUCUCCUCAUCUCUUCGACUGUUCAGAACUUUUGGUAGCAAGGUCAGUGGUACUGUUCCAAGUGAAAUUGGGAAUCUUAGCAGCUUGGAAGCCGUAUAUUUCGAUAACAGUGAUUUGACUGGAUUUAUUCCAUCAUCAGUCGGGAAUUUAAGUCGUGUUCAGGAGAUACAAAAUCUGAAGGUCAUAACACAACUAGACUUGUCAUGGAAUCAAUUAUCAGGCGAUAUUCCAAGUUCCUUGGGGAGUGCACAAGAACUUGUUUAUCUGUCGUUGGCGCAAAACAAAUUUCAAGGAAAUAUUCCUCAGUCUUUUGGAAAUCUGCCAGAUUACAUUUUCCAUCCUGCAAGACAAAAGAUGUCUUCAAAUCAAGGUCAGCAAAAUAUUUUUCAUUGA